GGCGGGGAGGAAGAGGCAGGGCCGGGCGAGAGCUGCGGGCGGGACGCGGCCCCUCGGCCGUUGGCCCGGCGGGGGCUGAGGCGGGGAGGAGCCGAGCGGGACGGGCCGGGACAUGGCGGCCCCCGGGGCGGCGCCCAGCGGCGGUUUGGUAGUUAACUGGUCAGGUCAAGGAUUGCAAAAGCUGGGUCCAACCUUACCCUGUGAUGCUGAUACUCACACUCUGAUUCUGGACAAGAACCAGAUAAUUAAAUUGGAGCACUUGGAAAAAUGCAGGAAUCUGAUGCAGCUGUCUGUAGCCAACAAUCGUUUGGUACGAAUGAUGGGUGUAGCAAAACUGACAAAGCUCCGGGUGCUAAACUUGCCUCAUAAUAGCAUUGGGUAUGUGGAAGGGCUGAAGGAGUUGGUGCAUCUGGAAUGGCUAAACUUGUCAGGAAAUAACCUUAAGGCCAUUGAACAAAUCAAUUCCUGUGUAUCUCUUCAGCAUCUUGAUUUGUCAGACAACAACAUAUCUCAAUUGGGAGAUCUCUCCAAGCUUCUGUCUCUAAAGACCUUGUUGCUGCAUGGAAAUAUUAUAACUUCGCUUCGUACUGCCCCUGUUUGCCUACCUCAGAAUCUGACUGUUUUUUCUUUGGCAGAAAAUGAAAUCAGAGAUUUAAAUGAGGUUUCUUUCCUGGCUUCUCUUUCUCAACUGGAACAGUUGUCAAUAAUGAACAAUCCUUGUGUGAUGGCCACACCUUCUAUCCCUGGCUUUGACUACAGGCCGUAUAUUGUCAGCUGGUGUCUGAACCUUAAAGUUCUUGAUGGAUAUGUAAUUUCUCAGAAGGAAAGUUUAAAAGCAGAAUGGCUCUACAGUCAAGGUAAAGGAAGAUCAUAUCGACCUGGGCAGCAUGUUCAGUUAGUCCAGUACUUAGCUACUGUUUGCCCUCUUAUAUCUACAUACGGUCUCCAGACUGAAGAAGAUGCCAAACUGGAAAAAAUACUAAGUAAGCAAAGGCUCCACCAGAGGCAGCUGAUGAAUCAAAACCAAAAUGAAGGACCACCUACAUCUCCCACUCUCAACAAGACGCAACCAGUUACUCACGAACAGAGCAGUCCAGCACAGCCACCACAGAUAGUUCUUGAAAGUGAACGUGUCAUCCAGAAGAAUUGUUGGGUUGGACCAAGUGCGAAUGAUGAUCAUUCCUAUGCAGUGAAGAACACAUUUCUUCUUGAAAGAGAUUGUCACAAGGAGCUAUACCUUGAAGAUAUACAGACUGAUGAAGACAAACUCAACAGCAGCCUGUUGUCGUCAGAGUCUACUUUCAUGCCAGUUGCUUCAGGAUUGUCUCCGGUGUCUCCUACUUCAGACCUGAAGUUACAUGGGAUCAGUUUGGGCCUAGAAGAUGAUGGUAGUACACUUAGUGAAUUUGUGAAAGGUGUUAAUAGAGAAGAAACAGCUAACAAGGACAAAAAAUGGGUUACAAGAGAGCACUCUAACAAAGUGGCGGGAAGUGUGGAAACUGAAGAGAAUAUAAUAGAGAAUGUGCAGGUACCAUCUUCUGAUCCAGUAACAGCUAACCAGGCUGAUGCUAGCAACUCUUCGGCAUCCUCUGAAGACCAAGUUCUGCACGGUCAGCCCAGCACCUCACUAGGUGCUGAAUCAGGAUUUACAACUCUCUGUCCUGACCAGGUGGCAGGAGAAAAAUCAGGUUCUCUACCUGCUGUCGAUGAAGGUGCAGCUGAACUGCAAAGAAUGACUAAAGCAGCUACCAAGCUUCAAGCCUGCUGGAGGGGAUUUUACACAAGGAACUUUCAUCCCCGAGCCAAAGAAGUGCGAUAUGAAAUUCGCCUAAGCAGAAUGCAAGAGCACAUAAUUUGCUUAACAAAUGAAAUAGAAAUGCUUAGAAAAGAAAGAGAGGAAGAUAAGAUUCAAAGGCUUGUACAGGAAGAAGCUGUCAGAUUUCUUUGGAACCAGGUUAAAUCCCUUCAACAAUGGCAGCUUACUGUUACACAAAAUGCAGGUGCCGCUUGGCAACCGGGGAUCCCUCCAGCCAGUAAUUCCUGUCUACCUGAACCAUCUGUUCGAGCAUCCACUCUUGAGCAAGAAACCCCACCAGAUGUUAGUUCUGCUUGGUUAGUUCCAGCUAGUGAUGUUCUUCAGGAAAAGUCUUGGUUACAGUUCCCGGAUUCUGGUUUUCAUUCUUCUAUGGCUGAUCAAACUCACACUGGUGACUUGUGUAGCUCUGAAAAGAGUUUGACAGAAGGAACUGAGGGUUCUCUUUCGGUGGAAACUGUCAAACGAUGUGGCAAUAAUAAUUCAGAAUAUUCUUCAGAUGUAGAGGAGGGCCAUGGGGAAUGUGGACAAAGUAGAGAGAGCUCUAGUAAUGAGCACGACAACAGACUCCUACAACAGUAUUUGAAAUCUGUUCAGCAGCUGGAAGAGUCAGAUGAAGGGACGAAUUGCGAUGAUGAAACAGAGGGUAGCUGGCCACAAAUUGCUGUUUCAGCAGAGAGCCGAGAUUCUUCAUCUGACAUGCUCUCUGUAGAUCUCCCUCAAAGUACAUCUUCGCCAGCACGAAGUGAAAUGAGUCAGACACCAGAAAGCUGCAAGCUGAAUUCAGGAAUAGGUGAAGGGAAGCAAACAGACUGUGAUUCUUCAUUUCAGAUGCUGCAUGUUGGGAUAGCUGUAUAGUAGGAUCAAUUCCACUAAGGGCAGGGGCUAGGGAUUCAAUUUCAGUUUCCUUUCUUUUUCUUUUUUUUUUCAUUUAUACAAAAUUUAUUUUUCAUGUGUGCUUAAGUUUGUUUUCUUUUUUUUUUUUUUUUUUUUUUGGACUCAUGUUAACAAUAUUUAAUGGCAUUUUAUUAAUGUUGCUGAGGACUGCUGUGAACUGUGCUAACAUGAAAUCACCGAAGUUCUCAGUGACUAUCAUUAUGCACUUUAUUUUCAACCAUGUAACUGAUAUACUAGUAACUUGCUUCCUUGAAAUUAACUCUGAAGACUGGGGAGCAGAGGAGAGAGUUUACUGUGAAUUCACUACAGUGAAUGUGUUAGUAAGUCUUUUGAUUUUGAUUUUUCUAGAAAACAGGACUAAGUCCUUACUUCACAAAAAGAAAGAAACAGUAUGGAAACAAACAGUUAACACAGUGUGUGUGCAUUUGUGGAUUAAAUCUGAUGAGAAAGAUGAAAGCAGUUGUUUGACUUUAAUGAGAGUAAUUUAGUCAGGGUUUCAAAUAUUCAUUCCAUGAAACCAGUGUCCAAGGCAGUGACUUCUUUUUGUCUUUUACUUGAAGUUCCUGGCUUGGAAUCUGAUCAGUUACAUGGAUUCUGAAACAAGGACUUAGAGGAGUCAGACCUUAGGAAACUUCAAACAAACUUUGGCCUUUGUUUUCCCUGAGGUUGAAUUUCCCAGUUCUUUCUCAGGUAAGACACAAAGUGGAACCAGUAGCAGCCUUUUACUAAAUAAGUGUUUCAAAAGGGCAUGUAUCUGGGAACAUAGUUUCCAAGACUAAACUGCUGGCUUACAGCAGCUGACUCGAUGACAUGUUUUGCCUCCACGAGGCUGCUAAUGUCAUUUUGGGAUUCAGAUCUGCAUGGCUUUCUAGACGUGUAUUUGAUCACAGCUCCUACCUACAGGUGUAAAUAUUAAAAGCAAAUGUCAUGAUUUAAAACUAUUCUUUGAGUUCUCUUGGUGUUUUUGUUCUUGUUUGUUUUGCUUUGUUUUUCUGCAAGCAAUAGGACUUGUAUUUUGCCCAAGCCCAUUUAAUUUUCUUUUAUUUUUUUAUUUUUUAAUGGAAAAGAUUAGGCUUCUCAGUAUACAGCAAAAGCGUAAAAGGAAUUUUCCUCUGCCAAGCAAUUCGUAACGGAUGCUAGUAAAAUAAAAAUUGACAUGACUUCUAGGGGUAUGUUAGGUUUGCUAAUACUGUGUAAGAAAAAUCACUGUGCAAGAAAAAUCAAGUAUUUCAACAAUUUGCUGGUGUUAAUUUGAGAUCAAUCGUGCCAAUCGUACAAGUACAGAUACAAAUAUGUUUGCAUAUAACAACACUUCGAAUCCAGAGAUGAACUUCUGGUGCUACUGCGUCCUUGAAAUCAACUAGCGCUGUUCUAAAGUGACUCUUCUGGCCAUGUUACAGUAUCAUAAUUUAAUUUUUGUAAAAGCUUUGGUCGCUUGUCUAUUUUAGGUUCUGAGCUGAAGUUUACCCCUACUCAGGAGUUUGGCGUGAGGCCAGUAUCCACUUGAGGCCUCAAAGCAGCCUUUAUUUAGAACAUAAGUGGUGUAUUGGAGUUCUACCAGCCAUUGGCCCGGUGGUGCAGUUCACCUUGGAAGAAUAAAGCUUGCCUCUGCAUAUA